AUGCGUUCCUGGCUGCAUCUGUCGCAGCCUCGCUCCACUCAGCAGAUGCACCAGGUCCUGUAUCAGAGCCAGCAGCUGACCCUCGCACAGGGGUCUGAAGCAGGACAGGGCCCUGGUGUUGCAGAUGUGCAACAAGACGUGGAAGCAAAGAAGACUCUGCCUUUUGUGGUGAUGGAAGCAACCUUCCAGACAUUAGCUGAACAGGAGCCCGGCAUGGGGAGUUAUGCCGAACUCUUCGGACAGCCUGAAGCAAGAGCUCUCUGCAUGGCUCGUGGCAGUGACAGCUUUGUGGAGUGCCACAAACAUAUGUGUUGGCGAAGGAGGUGCCUGACAGUAAACAAGCCAAACGCAGCCACUGAUGUGGAGCCAGAAAUAAAAGUGCUGGUGAACGUGAACCACAGCUUUCAAGUAGCCGACUACUCCUCCAGCACCCCUUACCAACGCGAUUCUGUCAGAACUUUUACCUUCUAUGUCUUCAGCUAUGGAUUUCUGUUACUGCUCCUUCACAUCCCGAGAGCUGUUAUUGCACUGGAGGAGAAGAUCAUCGUCAGUAAACUUGGAGACAACGCUACACUGAGUUGCAUUUAUCAAGGAAGAGAAUUGCACUUAAAAAAUCUACGGGUAUACUGGCAAAUAGCUGAUGAUCAAGAAGAGUGUUCAGUUGUACAUGCACUGAUCUCUGGUCAAGACAACGAAAGUGAACAGUGUAUUCACUUUAAAAACAGGACUCAGUUAUUCUGGGAUAGAUUGAAAAAUGGCGAUUUUUCUCUGCUACUACUAAACGUCAGCCAGAGUGAUGAACAUAGGUACAAAUGUGUAGUACUGCAGAAAACUGAAUAUACCAGAGUGAUUCACCAGGCAGAAGUGGUUCUCAGUUUAGCUGCUAGUUAUAGCCAACCAAUACUCAGUGGACCGAUAAGAAACAGUGACAGCACUGGAGAAGAGGUGACUUUCAGCUGCAAGUCUGGCAAUGGAUACCCAGAGCCCAAUGUUUAUUGGAUAAAUAAAACGGACAACAGCCACCUGCCUCCAUCGCAGCUAAACAUCACCCCCCACGCCGAUGGCACUUACAGCGUUUUUAGCACGCUGAGGGUUAAGGCCACUUCUAACAUGCAAAUAGAGUGCUCCAUAGAAAAUAAAAUACUGCGGGAAAAUCUGUCAGCCAACUACACACAGCAGAAGCAAAGUAAUGGUUCUAGCACAGAAAGUCACAAAAACCUGGAAAAAAAUGGACAAGGUGCUCAAGCAGCUGGCAUCGUUUCCAUUGUCGUUCUGAUAGGUCUUCUAGUUGUUUUAACCUGCUGGCUGUGGAGACGGAGGUCCUCUAAACUAGUGUCCUACACAGAUGUCCAACCAAAUGAAGACAAAAGAGGACUCAACUCACCUGUCUAAAUGGAAAGUCUGCCAACAAUUUGGGCAGCUGGAGAUGUGUCAAGAGAAGCAUCACCCCCAUCUCAGUGGCAGCAUUGCUCGUGACAGAUUUCUGCAGUGUGCCAAGAGAGAUGGCAAAAAAGCUUCUUCAACACAAAAGACAGCAAAAUGCGCUGGAUUUCUGUUCCAGCCACUGGCUGUGUCUACACAACAGUUGUGUCACCACGCCAGCUGACCACUUUGGACAGCCCUCUCUGAUAGUCUGUCAGUGUUUUGAGCUCCUGCACUGGGGAAAGCGGUAAGCCUGGGACCUAGCGACUCUGUGCCAGCGCGCUGAAAGCUGGUGAGUGCCCGGUCUCUCGUCACCACCACCGAGGACUUUGUUAGUAGCAGAAGCCACCGCAUUUCAGGAGCAUGGGAAGUUAUUGCUGCUUCUCCUUACCCUGACAAUAACUACUGAAUGUGAAGAACGGCAGCUAAAAAAAAGAAAACUGAAGGACUCUCUGCAAAGUGAGAUUUGUGAUCUUUUCCACUUUUCUCUCUACAUCCUUUCGUUGUCUUAUUUCACCAGCUGCAUAUUAUUGUGUACAGAACGAGGUAGAACACCUUGACCCAGUCCUGCAAAAAUGGGAGUUGCUGUGACAGGGUUAAGCACUGAAUGUGCUAACGUAAGGGAACAUGCAUUCUUUAAGUGCACUUGGUAUCAACAUUUUGUUUUUUACCGAAUAUUCCACCGGAAAAGGGGACUUCCACUUUUGACAGAAGCCAGUGCAUACUGUGUGAAAGAACAGGCUGUGGAAAUCUGACCAAUUAAAAAUAGUGCUCUCUGCUAUGUUAAUGUCAGGUUACCUGGACUUACCCUUUUCAGGAUGGAACAAAUGUGGUCAAGCUCUACUCGAUUCAGCUGGUCUUUAUUUAAGCACUCCCCUGCAGCUUCCAGGGAGGAUUUUAAACUGAACCUCUCCUUGUGUCCUAUCCCUCCACCCAAAAAAAAAAAAAAAAAAGAAAAAAGAGUGCAGACUAUAUCACUGUGUUGUCCAUGAAUGUCCAGAAAGCCAAGAACUGCACUUGUGCCAGUGCCCGUGCCUCGCUGGUUCAACCCUGAGUCAGCCAAGGGCGACCGGUUGAAAAUAGCAAAGCAGUAAACUUUUCUGAUGGUAUGAGGUUUUGAAGGAGGAGGAAUCUAUACUAGCUCUCUUG